AUGGCCACGAACUUCCUCUCCUCUGUGGUGGAUGAUUCCACAGAUCCCAGCCAGCCAUCUUCUCGGAGGCCUUCAGGAUCACAUCAGCUGAUUUUGCCGCCCUCCGAGUCUGCGUUAACCCUACUGACCGAGGUUGCCUCACCCAGUGAUGACUUGACGGACAGCAAAAAAGAGCCACAUGAGGAAGCCUUUAGUGCCUUGGACUGGUAG